GGCCCCGGCUCCGCCUCCCCCGCUCCGCCGGCGCUGGGAGCUCCCUUCGCCUGUUUGCCCUUAUUUAAUUUCGAGUGUGAUUUUGCUAUUUUUAGCAGCUGGAUCCCCUCCAAUCCGCAGUCGCCGCGGGCGGGGGGUCCCUUCGCUCCGCCACACAGACCCGCCGGGAAAAACAAAACCAUCAAACCGCCCCCAAAACCCACCCCGAACACCCGGCUCCGGGAUCAAGCUGACUACGAUGAGUGAAUCCAGCGCCAAAUCCAGCCAGCCCCUGGCCUCCAAAGGGGAGAAAGACGUGUCAGAGAAGAGGGGCCGAGGGCGGCCCAGGAAGAAGCCGCAGCAGGAGCCCAGUGAGGCCCCGACCCCCAAGAGACCCCGUGGACGGCCGAAGGGCAGUAAAAACAAGGCCACCCCAAAGGGCAGGAAAGCUGCAGUCACACCAGGGAGGAAACCUCGAGGGCGACCCAAAAAAUCGCAGCAGGACGAGGAGGAGGUGAACAUUUCCCAGGAGUCAUCCGAGGAGGAGCAGUGACACCUCCCGAACCGGCGCUACCUCAUCGCCCGACAGCCCCGCGGCGGCCGGGGGAGAGGGACGGGGAGAGACCCACGGUGCCGCCCUGGCUUCCUCCUCCUCCUCCCUCCUCCGCUCCCUCCUCACCCUCAGACAACGGCAGCACUGGAAAAUGGCCCAACCCGGGCGGCCCCCGCAGCCCCCGCCCGGGAGGGGCACCUGGCCCAGCUCCCCCUCCCCAGCCCCGGGGUUCAGGGUAGCCCCACUGGAAAGGGGGGUCGUGGCAGAGAGCCGGGGCUGGCACCCCCCACCUUCGCUGCCCCCCAUGCGGUGAUCUCGCCCCGCCAAAGUGGGUGCUGGCUGCCCCCCCCCAGCACUGGGCUCUGCCCUGGGGCCUCUGCAGGGAAGAGAUGGGGGGGCAGUGAAUGUGAGACCCCCCAAAAUGCAUUAGACCUUUGCUCUGGCCUGCUGCUACCCUGGGCAACCCCGCUUGUCCCCCCAGUCCGAGGCGACUGCACUGUGUGCGGGAGCAGCUCCCGCGGCGCUGCCGGGGCCCGGUGCCCAUCCCUGGGGUGCCAGUCCCCGAGGGUGCCAGUCCCCAGGGGUGCCCGAGCAGGGCUGGCUCUGGG